GCCUCCUCCCUGGGACUGUAUGGUGAUCAGGCCUCCUCCCUGGGACUGUAUGGUGAUCAGGCCUCCUCCCUGGGACUGUAUGGUGAUCAGGCCUCCUCCCUGGGACUGUAUGGUGAUCAGGCCUCCUCCCUGGGACUGUAUGGGGAUCAGGCCUCCUUCCUGGGACUGUAUGGUGAUCAGGCCUCCUCCCUGGGACUGUAUGGUGAUCAGGCCUCCUCCCUGGGACUGUAUGGUGAUCAGGCCUCCAGGUCUUUUAACAAGAACAAUCAAGUAAUUUCCCUGACCCCCUGCCCCCCUCCUUGACUUGAAGUAAGUGUUUUUAACAGGUGUUAGAAUUUCAAUAUCACAAAAAAAACAUUUUAUAAGGAACUUUAGUUAAUUUUUUAUGUUUUUUUCCCCCUGUCCCUCCUUCUCCCGACAGUUGCCAGCCGAGGUCAGCAACAGUGCAUUGAGAGUUGUUUUUCUUUUCUCAUGGUCUAUCAAUGCCUCAGGAUGCCACUGGGUAAACAUUAUCUAACUAAAUGAUUAACCUUUCUGUGAUGAUAUCUGGGAGAAGUGUAUGAAGUGAACAAAGGACCUGGCCUAGAGCGAGUCCUGUCUGGUUUUAAUUAGUGGUCAGGACUGGAUAAGUUGGGUUUGGUUGGAUAAACUCCUCUGUAUGUGGCACAGGAAAUGACCUCAUUGGACAGAAAAGGGCACUCCUCCCCACAUGCAUGAGUAAAUAAAUAUAAUGUUUCCCUGAAACAAAGGAUUUCUGUAGUUUCAUGAAAUAAGACAUUGAUUCAUAGUAUAUCACACGUCAUACAAGCCAACAUUCAAGGCAACACUUUAUGUAAACAAUUAUCAAAUAAAUGGCCACACCUUUAAAUACCAAAUAGAAAGGUAAUUUUACAUUAAGUAAAAUUGUGUGACCUGCUUCAGUUCUUUUAAAAUGUUUAUGGUAGUUGAAGAAGUUACAAAUGUUUUACUUAAGCAAAUCAGUCACUUUAAAUAUUCUACAUGAAGGUAGGGUAGCCUGGGGAACAAAGUAACACAGGGUCAGUUGUAACCGCUAAAUAACUCCAAUUAGAAACCACUUAAAGCUCUUAUUCAAGGUGCUAAUGCUUGGUCAGUGUCUCUACAUGCCCAAGAGGUUUUGUUUAAAUCCAUUAAUUACUUUUAGUUUUAUGGACAAAAAAAGGGGUUUGAGGCCCUAAAGUAAACAUACUUGCCGCCUCUCCUUUUUUUAAAUUAUUGAUCUGUGGAACAUUCACCUACUGGGUCAAUUGUAACAUUUAAUGUCCGCCACUUUUGGUUGAAUUGUAAACGACUGGUAUAUCCUAGGAACAUACUUAGUGUGUAAUCGUAGCCGAGAUAUGUGUGUUUUUUGCAUAGCAAUAUUAUUCAUCUAACUUACAGUGCCCUCCACAAUUAUUGGCACCCCUGUUUAAGAUGUGGUCGAGGACUUCCAAAAAUUCUCCUUUUUUUUAAACAACAUAGAACCCAAAUGCAAAAAAAUUGAAAAAUCCAACCUUUUAUUUAAGUACAUUACUAUGGUGUAAAAAAAAAAAAUCACACAUUUAGAAAAAAAAAAACUUGAAAUCAUGUGUCCCACAAUUAUUGGCACCCCUGAUGUUAAUACUUUGUACAACCCCCUUUUGCCAACAAGACAGCACUUAAUCUCCUCCUAUAACAUUUCACAAGAUUGGAGAACACAGAGAGAGGGAUCUUUGACCAUUCUUCUUUGCACAAUCUUUCUAGAUCAUCCAGUGUCCUGGGUCCUCUCUUAUGCACUCUCCUCUUUAGCUCGCCCCACAGGUUUUCGAUUGGGUUGAGGUCUGGGGACUGAGAUGGCCAUGGGAGGACCUUGAGUUUGUGACUGCUGAACCAUUUUUGUGUAGAUUUUGCCACAUGUUUUGGAUCAUUAUCCUGCUGAAAGACCCAAUGACGACCCAUCUUCAGCUUUCUGGCAGAGGCCAUCAGGUUUUUAUUUAAAAUGUCCUGGUAGUUCAAAGCGUUCAUAAUGCCAUGCACCCUAACAAGGCUCCCAGGGCCUUUGGAAGAGAAACAGGCCCACAGCAUCACAGAUCCUCCACCAUACUUCACGGUGGGCAUGAGGUGCUUUUCGGCAUACUCAUCUUUUGUUUUACGCCAGACCCACUUAGAGUGUUUGUUGCCAAAAAGCUCAAUCUUAGUCUCAUCUGACCAAAGCACACGAUCCCAGUUGAAGUCCCAGUGCCGCUUAGCAAACUCCAGACGUUUACGUUUGUGAGUGUUAGUGAGAAAAGGCUUUUUCCUUGCAUGCCUCCCAAACAGUUUGUUGGCAUGUAGAGAGCGUCUGAUGGUUGUUUUGGAGACUUUGUGACCCCAAGAUGCCACUCUUUGAUGCAAUUCUGUGACAGUGAGCUUAGGACUUUUUUUUACUUCUCUUACCAUCCUCCUCACUGUGCGUUGUGGCAAGAUAAACUUGGGACCUCUUCCAGCCUUGUUUGUCACUGUUCCAGUUGUUUUAAACUUCUUAAUGAUUCCUCUGACUGUAGAUACGGGCAAGUUAAGGCAAGUGGCUAUUUUCUUGUAGCCAUUGCCUGACUUAUGAAGGUCGACACAAAUCUGCCUUACUUGAAUGGUGUGUUCUCUUGUCUUUGCCAUGUUGACAAAUGGGUAAGAGAAUUAGGCCUCUGUGUCACGUCAUAUUUAUACCCCAGGGAAACAGGAAGUCAUGAAUUACUAAUUAAAAGUUCCUAGAUACCCUGACCAACUUUAGCAACUACAGAAAAAUAUAUUUGUAAAAAAUCAAUUAAAAUUUUCAGCGGAAUUGUUAGGGGUGCCAAUAAUUGUGGGACACAUGAUUUCAAGUUUAUUUUUUUCUAAAUGUGAGAUUUUUUUUUUACCACCAAAGUAAUGUACUUAAAUAAAAGGUUGGAUUUUUCUCUUUUUUUGCAUUUGGGUUCUAUGUUGUUUAAAAAAAAAGGAGAAUUUUUGGAAGUCAUCGACCACAUCUUAAACAGGGGUGCCAAUAAUAGUGGAGGGCACUGUAAAUAACAUUUUCAUAAUAAGAACUGAGAAAAGGCCUCCUCAACUGAAGAAUCUACAGCUGCUGAGGUGUUAAUCAGUCCAGUGCUGCUCUGACCACAGUGUUGUUAGGAAGCACAUUUUCUAACACUACAUACACAGCCUUGUCAACUCUUACUGUGAACUACUUCUAUUACUGGAAAUAAACUCAGCAGUGGUCAGACUACAGAAUACACCAACAUAAACAACACCAGUAAAUUAAACAUCCAUUAUAUGCAAUCUUCUGGUUUCCAGUUAGCGUGUUAGAGGCUAAAUCAGACAUGGAAAGUUGAUUGACAUUUGAUUGCUUUCAGUUGUACAAACAUAUACAAUUGUCUGGAUUCCAGUAAGUGUGUUAGAGGAGGAGUUUAUGCAAAUCAACCCCAUCUGUCUUGACAUCUGAAGGAGGAGUCUCUGAAAACCUAUUUAAAGCAGUCUGUCUUGUCUCAGCUCAGCAGGCUCCAGUCUACCAACUGGUCUCUGAAAACCUAUUUAAAGCAGUCUGUCUUGUCUCAGCUCAGCAGUCUCCAGUCUACCAACUGGUCUCUGUAACUUCAUCUUUGUCUCUGUGGUGUCCAGUCUUCAGGUGAUGAUGGGGGUAUUGAAUCAUCUCUCUACUCUCCUCCUCCUCUCUCUCCUUCCUCCUUCUCUCUCUCAUGUAGUGGGGAAGUUCAGCGAAGUUAAAGAGUGCAGUGAUUUCUUCCUGGAGGGGACAACUCCAAGUCUCCCGGGUAUUUUGGUUGGUGGGACAGUCAAGGACCCGAACCGCUACAAGCUGAUUUGCCAGAAGUACAAGAACAGCUACAGGUUUGCAACUCUCUACGACACGACCAACAAGAUCCCUGUGUUCUCAGCCUACACCAUCACUGGUCCUCCUCCUAAAGGCAGACCAAAUCAACCCUGGAUGAUCGAGCCCCAGGUAGGCCUAAUGUUUUGUCACAUAACAUAACAUUUGUAUUUGUUAACUGUCUGUGAUAUAUAGCAGUAAUGUUAACAGAAUAUAGAACUACCAUUAUAGAGGGUAUAGAGACUUGAUUGAUUGUCUUGAUUGUGGAUCGUGACCCCCCCCCCCCCCCCCCCCCCCCCCCCCCCCCCCCCCACCACAAAAUAGGGUUAAUUGAACAGAUAAUAGGGUUAAUUGUACAGACUAGUUGUGAAUGAAUGAAUGUAUGAUUGUUGUUUCCUGCAGCUCAACAACAUAAAAAACAGCCCUGAAAUGAGUAAGGAUAAGGGACAGUCUCCAGAUCACCAGGCUGGGAACAACGACUAUAAGGACUCAAUAAAAGAAAAAGGGGUGAACAGAGGUCACCUCUUUCCAUGUUCACAUGCUCAUGACCUUGAAACUCAGAAGUCCACCUUUACCCUGACCAACAUCGUUCCCCAGGUGGAGUCCUUCAACGGGGGCAGCUGGAACAAAAUGGAGUGUAAGGUCAGAAAUACUCUUAAGGAUAACUGUACUGAUGCUAACAACAACAUAAAGGCCUAUGUGGUGACUGGAGCAGUGCCCAGUACGAACAACAAACUGAAGAACCGAGUGAACAUCCCAUCUCUCCUGUGGACAGCCUACUGCUGUUACAACAACAACCAGGGACAGUGGGUGGCCGGAGCACACUGGGGUGAGAACAAAGAGUAUGUAAAGGGGAAAACAUUGCCCUCAAACACUACGGCAGAGCUGUAUGAGAUGUUGAACCAGCAUUACCCAGGUGGUGGUGUCCAGGUGUUCCCGGAUCAGUGUUCAAUAGCGCAGCGCCUCAUGGAUGAAGAUGUACAUGACCAUUGUGUCUAUGAUGAUGAUUGUGUCUGUUCCUCUGUGGGGAUCAAAGGUCAUUACCUACCUGUUAUAUUGUGUUCUGUGCUGGUGAUGAGGAUGUUGUAA